CACACUAAAAGAAAUAGAAACCAAAAGUUUGAAUUCGCUUGAUAAGACGCCAUUUAAGGUUGCUGUAAAACAAAGCUUACAAGGUCAAAUUUAUUGGUUUCUGUAAGGGUUAUUUUUCGGGUCGAGUGAGGACAACUUCUUCUUUUCUGGCGGAUUCCAGUUCAUAAAAGGAGAAUGAGUUCCUCUGAGGAGAAAGAGGAGCAGGAUGUUGUUCACUUCCAGAACAAGAGAGCAGCAUCUCCAGAGCCCAGCCUUGUGUCUAUGAAGAGUGACGAAUCCAUGGGAGCACCCCAUAACUUCUGUGAUGAAACAGUGACCUUUAACCCCAGAGAUGAUCAGAUUGGAGACCUGCAGGAGGAUUCUCACCAACCAGUAAAUGAUGAACUACAAAAAGUCAAAGAUCUACACAAAACCACCAUGAAGAACAAGUUUGAGAUCUUAUUUGAGGGAAUCAAACUUGAAGAGAAUCAAACCCUCCUAAACAGGAUCUACACACAGCUGUAUAUCAUAGAGGGAGAAUGUGAAGGAUUGAACAAAGAACAUGAGGUUUUACAGAUGGAGAAAACACCUAGAUUCAAGAAAUCACAUAACACUCAAAUCGUCUGCAAUGACAUUUUUAAAUCCAUACCUGAACGAGAAUGUGAUGAGAACGACAAAAUAAGGGUUGUUCUUACUAAAGGCAUUGCUGGAAUUGGAAAAACCGUCUCUGUGCAGAAGUUUGUUUUGGACUGGGCUGAGGGAAAAGCCAAUCAGGAUGUAGAUUUCAUGUUUGUGCUUCCCUUUCGAGAUCUGAACUUGAUUCGAGAUGAUAAGUACAGUCUUCACAAUCUUCUGGUGGACUUUCAUCCUGAACUUAAAGAUCUGGACUCAAAGAUUUAUGAGGAGUGUAAAGUUGUGUUCAUUUUUGAUGGUCUUGAUGAAAACAGAAUGACACUGAUGUUUUCUGACAGUGAGAAAGUUUCUGAUGUGACUAAGCCUUGCUCAGUGAGUCUGUUGAUGUCAAACCUCAUUAAAGGAGAGCUGAUUUCCUCUGCUUUCAUCUGGAUCACCUCUAGACCAGCAGCAGCCAAUCAGAUCCCCUCCAAUUAUAUCAACCGUCUGACUGAAAUUCAGGGAUUCAAUGAUCGUCAGAAGGAGGAAUAUUUCAGGAAGAGAAUCAGUGACGAGCUUCAAGCCACCAGAAUCAUUACACACAUUAGAAGAGCAAGAAGCCUCCACAUCAUGUGCCACAUACCCGUCUUCUGCUGGAUCUCAUCCACUGUGCUUCAGAAGCUCUUGAAAGGAGAACAAAGUGAAGAAAUCCCUAAAACUCUGACUGAAAUGUACAUUCACUUCUUGCUCAUUCAGAUCAACAAGAAGAAUCAGAAGUAUGAACAAAGUGAUACCAAGAAACUCCUGCAGUCCAACAGAGAAGUGAUUAUAAAACUUUCUGAACUGGCUUUCAAACAAUUGAUGAAGGGCAAUAUCAUAUUCUAUGAGGACGACCUGAGAGAGAGCGGUAUAGACGUCACUGAUGCCUCAGUGUAUUCUGGGAUUUGCACUGAGAUCUUUAAAGAGGAGUCUGCGAUUCAUCAGAGGAAAGUCUACUGCUUCAUACACCUGAGUGUUCAGGAGUUUCUCUCUGCAUUCUAUGUGUUUUACUGCCAUCUGUUGAAGAACAUGGAGCCAUUGGAGGUGUUUCUGAGUGACAAACAUGAGUACAGAUCUACGAAAAACAUGUGUGCACUGCUAUCCUCAGCAGUCGAUAAAACCCUUCAGACUGAAAAUGGACACUUGGAUCUUUUUCUGCGGUUCCUGCUGGGUGUCUCACUAGACUCCAAUCAGAAACUAUUGCAGGAUCUGCUGACACACACAGAGACCAGCUCAGAGAGCACUAGAGAAAUCACACAGUACAUUAAAAAUGAAAUCAAAGGAAGUUAUGGUCUCUCGGCUGACAGAUCCAUCAAUCUGUUCCUCUGUCUGCUGGAGGUGAAUGAUCAGACGCUGUACAGAGAGAUUCAGGGAUUUGUGAAAUCAGACAAACACUCAGAAAAUAAACUUUCUCCUGCUCACUGCUCAGCAAUAGCCUACAUGCUUCAGAUGUUAGAAGAGGUGCUGGAUGAGUUCGACCUCAUGAAAUACAACACAUCAGAUGAGGGUAGAUGGAGACUCAUACCAGCAGUGAUGAACUGCAGAAAAGCUCUGCUUGUUGGAUGUGGUCUCUCUGAUCAGUGCUGUGAAAGUUUGUCUUCAGCUCUGCAAUCAUCAAAUUCCUAUUUGAGAGUGCUGGACCUGAGUAACAAUGACAUCCAAGAUUCAGGAGUGAAGCUGCUCUCAGUUGGACUGAUGAGUUCACACUGUCAACUGAACAUACUAAGACUGGCAGGUUGUCGAUUGACUGCUCAGUGCUGUGAAAGUUUGUCAUCAGCUCUACAAUCAUCAAACUCCCCUCUGAGAGAGUUGGAUCUGAGUAACAAUGACCUGCAGGAUUCAGGAGUGAAGCUGCUCUCUACUGGACUGAAGAGUUCAUACUGUCAUCUGAACAUACUGAGAUUGGCCAUCUGUAAUCUCACUGGUCAGUGUUGUGAAAGUUUGUCUUCAGUUCUACAAUUAAUAAACUCUUGUCUGAGGGAGCUGGACCUGAGUAACAAUGCCUUGAUGGAUUCAGGAGUGAAGCUGCUCUGUGUUGGACUGAAGAAUCCGCACUGUCUCCUGAACAUACUCAGAUUGUCUGGAUGUAUGGUGACAGAGGAAGGCUGUGGUUAUGUGUCUUCAGCUCUGAGUUCAAACCCCUCUCACCUGAGAGAGCUGGAUCUGAGCUACAAUCACCCAGGGGAUUCAGGAGUUAAGCUGCUCUCUGAUACAAUGAACAAUCCAAACUGCACACUGGACAAACUCAAUGUGGAUCAUGGAGCAGAAUUCAGGAUUACAGCAGGACUACAAAAAUAUGCCUGCAAUCUCACACUGGAUCCAAACACAGUAAACACUGAACUUAUUCUUUCCGAUGAGAAAAGAAAAGCGACAUGUUUGGAAGAGAAACAGUCUUAUCCUGACCAUCCAGAGAGAUUUGAUGAGUGUCCUCAGGUUCUGUGUAGAGAGAGUAUUUCUGGACGUUGUUACUGGGAGGCUGAGUGGAGAGGAGAGGCGGAUAUAUCAGUGACAUAUAAAGGAAUCAACAGGAAAGGAUGGAGUGACUGUCAGUUUGGACUCAAUGAAUUUUCCUGGAGUCUGAAUUGCUCUGAUAACAGAUUCACAGUCUGGCAUGACAAAAAGUCAACUGACAUACGUGUCCCUGCAGGCUCCUUAAAAAGAGUUGGAGUGUAUGUGGAUGUGUCAGCCGGUACUCUGUCCUUCUACAGCCUCACUGACACACAUACACUCAUACACUUGCACACUUUUACCUCCACGUUUACUGAGUCUCUUUAUGCUGGAUUUUGGGUUUAUCGCUUGAACUCCUCAGUGUCUCUGUUUUAGUUUGAAAAGCUUUGAGCAAGAACAGAGAUGUUGCAAAUAAAUUAAGCACUAAUGUUAUAAAUCUUUAACACAACCCUGUUUCUCAGAUUUAUAUGUUAGA